GAAAUUCCCGACGUCGAACCCUUCAGAUAACCAUUCGACCUCAUCUGAAAUGGCGCAUUCUCCUUCCCUUCCGUAAUUCGAGUCUAAACAGUACAAGACUUCAUCAAUGGGACUGGGAGAUUGUCCGUGAGGCAGACCCAACACCUCUUUUUACUCCUCCCCUCUUUCAACAUUCAAUCGUCCUUCCUUCUUUCCUUUCUGUCCUUCUGCCAUCCGCUCGUUUGUCCCAUGUACCCUCUUCCGUGAUACCCCUUUUCCACUUCCCACACCUCCACCAUGCCGCCGCCGCAACCAGCCCCGAAAAAGGCCGCCCAGCCGCUGCCCGACUACAAGACCAUCGCCGCGCAGUUCGCCGCCGCCAAGCGCGCCAAGGAACAAGCUGAGAAUGCCGCAGACGCACCCCAAAAGAAGAAGCCGGCGCCGUCCAGACAAGAUCGGAAGCAGGAACGAGAGCAGGAACAAGAACAAAAAGAGAAGCGAACCCUCGCGGAAGCAGCAGCGCCCGACCACCACCCCCGCCGCCGCCGCGCCCGCCUCGACGCGGCGCGCAAGCGCGCCUACCUCGCCCGCUGGGCGUGGACCGCCGGCUUCUGGGUCUGGCUGCUGUGCGUGCACGCCGCCGGCAUCGCCUACUUCACGAGCGGCUUCCUGCUGACGCGCCUGGUGCUGGAGGAGAAGUCGGCGUGCGGGGCGCCGCCGACGGCGCUGGCGGAUGCGGGUGCAGGUGCGGGUGCGCAGCGGGCCGGCUCGGGCUCGGCUUCUUUGCUCGGGUCCGGGGUUGGAGCUGGAGCCAGAGUCGCCGGGAAGGCGGCGGCGGCGGCGGGGGGUGUUGUGGAUCUGCUGCCGCCGUGGGAGGGCAAGGGAACGGUUGAUGGGGGUUGUUGGCAUCCGCGGACGUUUGAGCGCGCGGUAGUGGUGGUGAUUGAUGCGCUGCGGUAUGACUUUACCGUGCCGGUGGGGGACGGGGAGCCGUUUCAUGAUGCGUUUCCGUUCAUGUGGGAGACGGCGGUGAGGGAGCCGGCCAGGGCGUUCCUGAGGCCGUUCAUUGCGGAUCCGCCGACGUCGACGCUACAGCGACUGAAAGGGCUGACCACCGGGACGCUGCCGACGUUUGUGGACGUGGGCAGCAGCUUUUCGGGCACGGCGAUCGACGAGGAUAAUCUGCUAAUGCAGCUGCGGGAUGCCGGCAAGAGGAUUGUGCAUCUUGGGGACGAUACGUGGGAGGCGCUCUUCCCGGAGUAUUUCGAGGGGAACCUGAGCAGGGCGUACGACAGCUUCAAUGUCUGGGAUCUGCACACGGUUGAUAACGGGGUUAUUGAGCACAUAUUCCCGCUGAUGGGCAGGAAGGACGAAUGGGAUCUCCUCAUAGGACACUGCCUAGGCGUGGAUCACGCCGGCCACCGCUACGGACCGAAUCACCCGGAAAUGACCAAGAAGCUGCGGCAGAUGGACGCGUUCAUCCGGGACCUGGCGGCCACCAUCGACGACAAGACAGUUCUGGUCGUGAUGGGUGAUCACGGCAUGGACGGCAAGGGUGACCACGGCGGCGAGAGCGACGACGAGGUCGAGGCCGCCCUGUGGAUGUACUCGCCGAAAGGCAUCUUUGGCAGGACCGAGCCGGAACAUGUAACGCCCCCGGCUACCGCCAAGACCCGGCCCGUCAACCAGAUCGAUCUUGUUCCCACGCUGGCGCUGUUGCUAGGCAUUCCCAUCCCCUUCAAUAACCUGGGACGACCCAUCGAAGAGGCUUUUGCCGGGCCUGCGGGCAAUUCCUGGGCCAACUUGGCUGCCGCUGAGAGGGUGACAGCGGCUGGUAUCAAACGGUAUCAGGCAUCGUACUACGCUGCCCGUGGGAUCGAGCAGUCUUCCGGGCCUGGGUCUCCCAGCGAGCUCUGGGUCAAAGCCGAAGGUCUUGUUGGCAAGGGCAAGAAGCAAGACUGGCGCGCGAUCUUCUCGGCCUUUGCUGCGUACCAAGCAGAGACGUUGCACAGGUGCAAGGGUCUGUGGGCGAGAUUCGACCUGAAGAACAUGGGCCUCGGCAUGGCCAUCAUGGCGCUUGGCCUCAUUACCCUCCUCGUCUACGUCUCCAAGGGAGAUGAUGACGAUGUCAUUGAUGACGAAGAGCUUGAUCUCGCGGAACAGAGCCUGGAGCUGCAGGGCAUCGAGGCUGACGCCGAAUCCAUUCCCGUUGAUACCCUCGACAAGCGUCUGGUCCGUGCUGCCGUUAUUGGUGCUCUACCUGGCCUUAUUGGCGGUGUUGUCUCCUCAUCCGUCUCAGGGGCUGGCGACUGGUACCGCGGUGCUGGAAUUGCCGCCCUGACAAGCAUCGCGGCCGUCCUGGCGUCCAUGUAUGAGGCCCAAGAGACCUUGUUGAAGCUCCUUCCAAGAACGAUGUGGGGAUGGAUGGCCGUCAUUUUCACCGUCAGCCAGUCUGUUGGCUUCGCGUCCAACUCGUAUACCAUUUGGGAGGACUCGAUACUCCUCUUCUUCAUCACAACCUUCGGCGUCGUCAGUGCCCUUUCGGCGCUCAGGCUGCCUUCGCGAACCGACCGCUACCUGGCCAUCUACCACUCGGUCGUCUUCGUCCUGCUCGGGCGCGUCGCCUCCUUCUCCAAGCUUUGCCGCGAGGAGCAGAUGCCCUACUGCGUCUCGACCUACUACGCCUCCGCCACGUCCUCGACCUCUGCCCCGUGGCAGUUGGCCAUCCCCUUCCUCGUCUCGCUCGUCCUCCCGUCCGUCCUCAAGGCCUACCUGCAACCAACUCGGUCCUACGAGGGUCUCGCCCCGACUUGGAUCGGCUACGUUUUCCGCACCGGCCUUUUCAUGUCCGCGCUCUACUGGCUCCUCGACGCCGCCGACAACGGCAACUGGAUCCCAGGCCUCCCCGACAAAACCCUCAAAACCAUCAGCGUCGUCACGGCCCAGAUCGUCCUGGGCCUGGCCUUCGUGGCCGGCACCACCGCAUUCAUCUGGGCACCGCCCUGCGUCUCCGUCAUCACGUCAGCCAGCCGCUCCACGCCGUCCAAGGCGCAGGUUGCCAUCCUCGGCUACGCCAACGCCCACGGCGCGCGCUACCUCCUGCUCCCGCUCAACCUCUUCGCCGCCUGCAUGCUGCUCUCCAAGCCGAUGGGCGCCGGCGCGCUGGCGCUCAUGGCGUGGCAGGUGCUCUCCCUGCUCGAGAUCCUCGACCACCUGGGGCUGCCGACCUCGCCGAUCGGGCCGGUCAUGCUCGCCGUGCUCGGCACCUUCCACUUCUUCACGACCGGCCACCAGGCCGUGCUGAGCACGAUCCAGUGGGACGCCGCCUUCAUCCCGCUCUUCGCCGUCCGCUACCCCUACAGCCCGCUGCUCGUGGGCCUCAACACCUUCGCCGGCCCCGUGCUCGCCGCCGCCGCCGCCCCGCUGCUCGCCCUCUGGAAGGCCGGCCCCCGCCGCAAGGGCCUGCUCGACGCCAUCAGCCGCGCCCUCGGCGCCUUCGUCGCCUACUUCGCCGCCGAGAGCCUCGCCACCAUGGCCUGGGCCGGCCACCUCCGCCGCCACCUGAUGCUGUACCGCGUGUUCGGGCCGCGCUUCAUGACCGCCGCCGUGGUGCUGCUGGUCGUCGACGUCGUCGGCCUGGUUGUGGCGCUGGCCGGCGUGCGGUGUAACACGGUCGCGGUGGGAGAUGUUUUCGGGUGGGCCGAGUGAAUUAUUUGGUAUAAUACUGGUGUCUCGUUGUAUACACACUGCAAGUUUGGGCUUAGAGCCCGGGAGAGGCGCGUCGAGAAAGGAAGGAAGACAAGACGGACGAAGACAAGAUUUAGCCUGGUGUUGGCCGGUUUUGAGUCUCAGUUGCAGACUCCAUGUACAGAACAUCGCGUAUCAGGGACGUAGAUUAGCCGUUGGGUAUUACAAUGCCUAAAUCUGUUGGCAAUGACACACUUAUGAUUACCUCCGUGAAUACUAUUCUACCGUGGCCACAACAA